ACUUUUUCAGAGGGGUACAAUAUCUAUUCCAGAGAUGGUAGUGCAACUACUCGUUUCAUUGCUCCUAACUGUUGAAUAACAAUUUAAAGUAAAGAAAAGUUUUUUAAGAAUUAAAUCAUUUUUAGGCAAAAGAUUUGAUAGGAAUUUGAAAAUUGUAAAAAGUAAACCGAUCCAAAGCACAAAUGAGCUGAAAGUUUGCCGACACGCACACGCACAGGCAAACACUAAUGCGGAGCAUUAAAUGUAUGCCCGUCUGUGUGUGCGCGCCUGUGUGUGAGAGUGCCUUUAACCUUGUAACUAAAUUGUUAGACAUUUUAAUUAAUUUCCACUUUAAUGAUUACUUAGCUAAAUGUUUUCUCGCUGCAGGCAAAAACGAGAGAUACAACAGCAACAACGGAUACAAUAGCAGCAGCAGCACCAGCAGCAGAAGAUACAACAGCUACAGAUACUUGUAAACUAGAUCCCAUGGAUCUGGAAAGCCUGGAGCACUACCAGAAGCUGCUGAAACCCAACAAAGACUUCGAGGAGUAUUUCCUGUACAAUCUGAGCUACUGCCAAUGUCUCCGCAUGCCGCCCAAGUGUCCGGAAACCCGUGUAUACACAAGCAUAGAAAAUGCAGAAAUGAAAAAUGAGGCCAUGGAACAACAAAACGCUGCGCCGGUGACGCAGGACACUGAAGUGCCCCCAAACAAUGUCGUUCCACUAAUGUCUGGCAAACUGAUCUCCGUUCUCCUCAGUGCCCCGGUCGAGUUGCACUUAGUUAGUGAGCGUCACACUCGCGAACUGGUCCAUCAAGUGCAUAGUGCCAUCAGUCAAUCCUAAUAGCUCCGAAACUGUAUAAUCCACAUGGGCUGUGCCAACAACUAUCAAACUAUAAGACUUAACAUGUAACAUCCAUCGGGGAAAUUCGUCCACCCUCUCGUUACACCUAAAAUGUUCUAUCGUUGCAAAGACCCAAAGGUCAGGUGGCGAACGCUUUAGUCAAAAAUACUUUACUCUUGAAAGGUGGUUUUCAAUGAGUUUUCAUUAAAUUACUAGUAUCUUAAGUUCGUAACUCUUUUUAUUUUCCAAGACGGUUUGACCUUCUCUGAAAUGAUUCCAUUCCACUAAAGCUUGGAGCUUUUCUUGAGCAGAAUAUCUGUAGAGCCAAUAGUACAGAUUCUUGUGUGGAUGCGAAUGCGAUUAUAUCUUAUAUUCUUAAUUCCCGAUGAGAAAUCUUUCCUGUGCUGCUUGCCGCGAU